CUGAUACACUGUUAUUCUAAUAUGGCAGCGCAAAAAAUAAACGAGGCUCAUGAACACAUCAACAAAGCUGAGAAAUGCCUAAAGACAAGCAUGACCAAGUGGAAACCAGACUAUGAUGGAGCAGCAUCCGAGAUGGCCAAAGCCGCUGUGGCUUUCAAAAAUGCCAAGCAGUUCGAGCAAGCAAAGGAUGCCUACCUGAAGGAGGCAGAAUACCACACUGAGAACAAAACAUUAUUCCAUGCUGCUAAGGCAAUUGAACAAGCAGGUAUGAUGCUAAAGGAUAUGAAGCGCUUGCCGGAGGCUGUUGAACUGAUUGAGAAAGCCAGUGUGAUGUACGUGGAGAAUGGAACAUCUGGAACUGCAGGCAUCGCUUUGGACAGAGCUGGCAAACUCAUAGAACCAAUAAAUCUAGAGAAAGCAGUGGACCUGUAUCAGAAAGCUGCAUCUGUCUUUGAGAAUGAGGACCGUCUGAGACAGGCGGCGGAGUUGCUGGGAAAAGCGUCUAGACUGCUGGUCCGGCUCCGCAGGCUGGACGAUGCAGCCGUCUCCCUGCAGAAAGAAAAAAACAUGUACAAGGAAAUUGAGAAUUACCCCACCUGCUUUAAGAAAACCAUAGCGCAAGUGCUGGUCCAUCUUCAUCGAGGAGACUUCGUAGCAGCAGACAAGUGUGUCAAAGAAACUUACAGUAUCCCUGGGUUCAGUGGCAGUGAGGAUUGUGUUUCUAUGGAGACGUUACUGGCGGGUUACGAUGAGCAAGAUGAGGAUGUGGUGUAUCGUGUGUGUAACUCACCUCUGCUGAAGUACAUGGACAAUGACUAUGCAAAGCUGGCCAUCUCUCUGAAGGCGCCAGGAGGAGGAAAUAAGAAAAAGAAAUCCUCCAGUGCUCCACAGGGGGGCGCCGGAACAGCACCAACUGCAGAGGAAGAGGACGAUUAUGAAGGAGGACUCUGCUAGUCUGUUAACACACAUCAGCUCUUCCAAGUGUGUGUGUGUGUGUGUUUUGUGAAUAGAAAAGUGUGAAAGAUGUGAGUGUGUGCACAUUUGAUGUAUAUUUAUUGUAACGUCUCUAUAGUAACGUGGAACAGCUUUAUGUAUGACAAAUUAUUUUUCUGUUCAAACCUUAAAUACUUUAUGACCAAGACCAGGCGAGGCAGCAGAAUCAAGUGUGCAAUCAAGUCAAAAGGUCUGAAUAUCUUCAGAAUCCACUGGAUAUUUUUACUUACAUAGAUAUAAAUGUUAAAUGUUAGUGUAUUUAUCAAAAUGUUGUUAAACACCAAAAAAUGUAUUCCCAUGUGUACAGUAUCACUGAUAAAGACCCAGAUCAUUGAUGUGCUUUAUGCUAGUUUAUUUUUUUGACUAGAUGUACUGUACAGUAACUUAUUCAUAUUAGCCUUAGUCUAAAUAAAGAUUUCCAUUGUUGGGCCUUUAAA